CAUCGAGGCGGACUCGGAGCAGACGUCCAGCAAGGAUCAGAGGAUAUACAAUAGUUCGACAUGCAGUUCACACUGCUGACAAUAGCAGCCCUGCUGCUCAGCCUCGCCCAAGCCAUCCCACAGGGCAGACCCCAGGCCCAAGGAGAGCCAAUUCCCAUCGUCAGGCAGGAGCAGGAGGUCAACUUCGAUGGCUCCUACAAGUAUCUGUAUGAGACGGGCAACGGCAUCAACGCCGAGGAGGAGGGCUACCUCAAGAACCCAGGCACCGACAAUGCAGGGCAGGUCGCGCAGGGCUCCUUCUCGUACACCUCGCCCGAGGGCAUUCCCAUUCGGAUAACCUACCUGGCGGACGAGAAUGGCUUCCAGCCGCAGGGUGACCACCUGCCCACGCCGCCACCCAUUCCGCCUGCGAUCCAGAAGGCACUGGCCUACUUGGCCACCGCUCCUCCGCCGCCACAAGAGCAGCCGGCAGGUGGGUUCAACAACCGGCGGGGCUAGGAGCCCACCUCCACCUCCGCAUCCACAACCACAUCCACAUAUCCACUCAGAUUACCUGGCUCUACUCUACUCAUUUACAAAACGUGUGCGAAUAAACAAUAAAACUGGCCAUACAACAACAAGAGGUUGAGAA